GAGCUAAGUGCCAGCAACAUGUCCGGAAUCCCACCAGCCACCUUCACGGUGAUCGCAGGCAGUGCAGCCCACAAUCAGCGACAGAAGAAUCAGAAUCAGCAGAAGAAUCUACAGAAGAAUGCGACUGAGGCCCAGACACAGACACAGGCGGGGUCGAAGGCAAAUAGUUGCCACAUUGCUUAGAUAUAGUAACUAUCUUAUCGGUACAAGGAUUUAACGCAUGAAAAUACAUUUCCCAUGACAUAAACACCGAGUAUAAAUGGGGCCGAACAAAGCAAUUGGGGUUUCAGUUAAUGGCCAAAACGAAAACGAGACGGAAUACUUAAUCGGCGGCAAAAUGAGAACGACAAUUGUGGAGGAGCGGAGUGUGAACGAAACGAUAGAAACGAUAGCCACCAGUAGUGGCACGGUCCAGGAGGAGAUCAUCGAGAUAGUGAACGCGGAUGGAUCCCCAGCCCCCAAGCACCGACAUCAUCAUCACCAUCACAGGCAUCAUCACCACCACGAGCGGCAGGAGAAUGUAGAGGUUGUGGAGAAGGAGGAAGUGAUUCUAGUGGAGAGUGGAUCAAAGCCCAGAAAGCACCAUCACCACAAGCAGAAGGGUUCACCACCACCGCCCUUGCCGCAAACCUCACCGCCAUUCCUCACACCCACCGAAGAGGUGGGCUUCAAUGUGGUCUGGGAACCGCAGCCCUUCUGGAACCAGGCCUCGCCCAAUCCCUCCACAGAUCUGGACCUCUCGCCGGAGAAGGAUGUAGUGGACACAGAGGAGGUUGUCGACACAACAUCUGCUUCAGAUGAGUUCACAACCGUGGUCUGGCAAACAGAGACGAAGGAAUCCUAUAGGGAAUCCCAAAAGCACACCAGGCUGGUGGAGGAGGAAAUCAUAAUUGACCAGCAGGAUCCUCCACCGUAUGCACCUCCCCAACUCCAAGUGCAGACGGGAUUCUUCCCAGUGGCUCAGCAGCCUCCGCUUUCUCCCAUUGCAGAGGUAGUCCAAACCGAUGUAUUCGUAGAGUCAGUGGAGUCUUCUCGACCGCCAACAGGUUAUAUUCCCAGGGUCAGUCUUAACCCAACGGAGACUGUGGUCGAGAAGGUCGAGGUCGUGGUUCCCGCGCAGAUUCAACAGGAACCGGAGUUCAUUCCACAACCCGGAUUUGUGGCUAGGAUUGUGGAGAACAUAGAAGUUGCUGCGGCGUCUAUUUCCUCGCAGGCACCACCUCCAAAAAGUUACUAUCCUCGGGUGGGCUUUGUGGAAGACAUAGAAGUUAUCAAUGAAGUUUCUCCCGUUCAGAAUGUAAAUCAAAGUGGUUAUACUUCAGGAAAUGAGGAGGUGGUAUCCAUUGUGGAGAGUGUUGAGGCUGAUUCUCCGUUUCUACUCCCGCCCAAUGGUUUUGAUACUGAGGAAAAAAUUGUGGAGAACAUUGAAGUCUCGUCAGAAGUGGAUGAUUCUCCAUUUCUCUUGCCAGCGGAUGGUUUUGACUCUGCUCCAGUCUCUGUAGAAACAACUGUUGAGAACAUUGAAGUCAUACCAUCCCCACCUGUCUUACAAGUACCUGUGGAUACAAAUAUUACUGGAGGUUAUGUGGAAUCUGUGGUAGAAAACAUAGAAGUCGUAAAAGAAGAAGCCGUACUCCCUGCUCAAGAUAUAUACAUUCCCCAGGCGGGAAAAGUGGAAGAGAUUAUAGAAAAUAUUGAACUAACCUCAGAAGUGGAACCUCCUCCAAGUCGCCCAACACCAAGUGCCUACCCACCUCGAUCUGGAUUCGUAGAGUCUGUUGUGGAAAGUAUGGAAGUAACUGAAGAAUUGGCUCCUUCCCAACCUGCAGUUUCAAAUGACUUAGCCCCUCAAACGGGCUUAGUAGAAUCGAUUGUGGAGAACAUAGAAGUGGAGGAAGAGUAUGGGACUCCCUUGCAAACUCCUGUUCAACUGCCUUCUCCACCUCGAUCUGGUUUUGUGGAAUCGAUUGUGGAGAACAUUGAAGUCACGGAAGAUGUGGAUCCUCCCCUCCGACCACCACUUCCACUUAAUUUUCCUCCCCGUGCUGGCUACGUAGAGUCGAUAGUGGAAAACAUACAAGUCACAGAAGUUAAUCCUCCCUAUCAGCCACCCCAGCAAAUUAACAUUAUCCCAGAUACUGGCUAUGUUGAAAGUGCCGUAGAGGAUAUUGAAAUCACACAGCCCGAACAACCUGUAAUUCAGGAAACAAUUGUGGAAGAGAUUGAGGUAGUACCCAAUCCCCCACAAGAAUCCAUAGUGACCACCGAUUACAUGCCCCGCUCCAGUUUGGUCCAAGAACUAGUUGUGGAGUCGCUGGAAGUUACGCCAGCAUCUUCACCUCCGCCCGAACAGUUUCCCUUCAUUUCCCGGGAAAGCCUAAUCGAAGUUGAUAGCUAUGUGGAGGUUGAGGAGGCCACCCCCUAUAAUACGGCACCACAUAGUCCGACUGUGGAGGUGGAAAGAUUGAGCGAAUCCGAGGCUUAUGUGGAGAUUAUGGAAGUCACACCAGUUAAUACGCCACCAAGUAGUCCAGCACUUCAAAGGCCCAUCCAAGGGGGCUUCCUCCCCAGGCCAAGCCUGGCGGAAACGGCUGUGAUAGUGGCUUCACUGGAGGUCACUCCAACUCCCACUCCUCCACCCAGUCCACCACUGAAGCUCAGAAUACCACCACCAAGCGAGAGAGAAUCGGAGGUGAUUGUAGAGUCCGUGGAGGUUACAUCAAUUCAAGCACCACAACCUGCCAAGCCACCAGCGAAACCCCUUAAUGGUUUCAUCCUAACCGAUCUGGUCAUAGAUGAUCCUCCCUUUGUUGAGGUGGUGGAAAGGGAAGUGGUCGUGGAGUCUGCCAACAAUGGGCAAGUAACUGAGGUCAUCGAAGUCACCGAGGAAAUCGUACAGCCUGCCACACCCAUUGGAACUGUUUUGGUGGGCGAGGUUUCCGAGCAAAGUACCGACAAGUUUGGCAAGCGAUACUCCCUGAGCGCAGCCCUGGCCGAGGGACCGCAGCAGGAGCAAGGAAUCCAGGAGACCAAGCAACCUACUCCCAUGCAAAAACGAGACCUACCCAACGAACCCCCGAAACGCAAGUGCUGCCACUGCAAGUGCACCAUUUCCUAAAACAAAAGCCUGGGAAUGUAAGCUCCGCCUAUCGCAUAUCUAAUCAGCGGAAACAGAAGCCCCCCAAAAAAAAUCACAGUAAUUGAUAGUUAAUUACCAGCGGACACUCGAGGCAAAAGCGGCGAUAAGAGGCCAACUCAAGAGCC